UUUAUGUCCGCCAUUCAUUCUUUUGAGUUGCUUUUUCGUUUUACGAUUCCGUAAAGAGCACGAUUUGUCACCAAGUUCGACGCAACAUCAAGAAUAAAACCAAUUACGUAUGAGUUAACUAAAGUUUCGAAACAUCGCCUGAAAAUAUUGCAGUUUCCAGACCGUGAAAACAUUUCAGUGCAACAAAUUAAAGUUUUGCUCACCUGUGAGACGAGAUCGUAUCUUCGGUAUUAGGUGAUUUAGUGAUGCUCUUCUUUGCGUAUUACGUUUUCGGCCGUGACGUUUACUUAUGUGCCUGAUGGUGCGGGAACUAUGUGCGAAUAGCGUAACCGUACAGAAGGACUCAGCAUGGGGGCCUUUUUGAACAAGCCCGAGACGAACAAAUACAAUGAGAGCGGAGAGGGUAACGGUCUCCGGUAUGGCGUGGCCUCGAUGCAGGGCUGGCGCGUGGAGAUGGAAGACGCCCACCACGCGCAGCUCACUCUGAACGGGACGCUAUCCGACUGGUCGUAUUUCGCCGUGUUCGACGGCCACGCGGGGGCUCUGGUGUCGGCGCACUGUGCGAGCAACCUCCUAGAGUGUAUUCUCCAAACCGAGGAGUUCAAACGCGAGGACAUAGCGGAGGCGAUACGCGCCGGUUUCCUAGACCUGGAUCAGAAGAUGCGCGGACUACCAGAGCUGUGCGACGGGAAGGAGAAAUCUGGUUCUACGGCGGUGUGCGCUUUCGUAUCACCCAAGCAGAUAUAUAUUGCGAACUGUGGUGAUUCCCGCGCGGUUUUAGCGCGCGGUGGUGCGCCUGUGUUUGCCACACGAGACCACAAACCGGAGCUUCCCUCCGAGAAGUCUCGUAUCGUCAACGCCGGUGGAUCUGUUAUGAUACAGCGUGUAAACGGCAGUUUGGCUGUGUCAAGAGCCCUAGGCGACUAUGAGUAUAAGAAAGCGUACAGUCGCGGGCCAUGCGAGCAGCUGGUAUCACCGGAACCAGAGGUCUCUGUACACGAGAGGCUGGAUACAGAGGAUGAGUUUUUGGUGCUGGCGUGUGAUGGAGUCUGGGAUGUGAUGAGCAACGAGGCAUUGUGUGCAUACAUACACUCGCUGUUGCAGCUUACGGACGACCUUGUGGCUAUUACAAAUCAGGUCAUUGACACCUGCCUCUAUAAGGGGAGCAAAGACAACAUGAGCAUCGUGCUGGUGGUGUUCCCCGCCGCGCCCAAGCCCAGCGAGGAGGCGCAGCGGGCCGACCGGGAGCUGGACGAGACUCUCCGGCAGCGCCUCACAGCGCUGAUCAACGAGAUGCCCGGCCCCGAUGAUGACGACGUGCCCGGCUCGUGCAGCCAUUUCACGCACGUGCUCAAGAAGCUGGUGCAGGAGAAGAUUCCCGGCCUGCCGCCCGGGGGAGGCCUGGCCGCCAAGCAAGCGUUUCUGGACAAGGUGUACAGGGAGUUCCACCCGGAACACGAGGACAGCUCGGAGCAGUUUGACUGCAGUGACAUCGCAGAGGCCGUCAACAACUAGGCCGUUACGCCGCGCUUACGAGUUGACGCUUAAAACGUGAACUAUCCCAAAACUACCCUCAGCAUCAACAUAUCUCAACCGGUGGAUUGAGUUUUUUUUUAUUUUUUGCUCUUUAUUAGUACCAAAAUAGUGAAAUAAAAGAAGAGAUGGAAAUGCAAUACGAAAGGCGGCCUUAUCACUUCGUAGCGAUCUCUGAAAACCUUACUAUUAAGAAAACAUGGAGAGAACGAACA